AUGAUGGAUGUGGGAGCACCCGUGGGUGUAGGGAAGGAAUUCAACCCUGUGCUGCGAAUCAAUCCGUCUCCAAUCUUAAAGCACACGGGGACCGGCGACCGCCUGUACCGCAACGAGCUGGCACCACAAAAUCCUACGCUGGUGAUGCUCGAGGAGCGAGCCAACGAAGUGGCACAUCGCCGGUUGGAAAAGAGCACCUGGGAGCAGCUAGCGUCGAUCUGGCGGAUGUUCGAGGAGUUUUGCGACAAGAUGCGACUGCCCGCUGUGUCGACUUCCGUUCCGCUCUUCCUCGAAUCCCGUGCUUACAAGGGGUCGACCAAGGUGCAGUACAGCGUCACGUUGAGGACGAUGCUGGAUCCGACGGUGACCGCCUUAGACCAAUACCUCCAGGGCAUGCGGAAGGUGGCGGCGACGGAAGAGGUCAGGCACGCGGUGCCCUUGACACUCGAAGACCUCGGACGGGUCAUUGCGGAGACGCCAGCGUGGCGCGACAAGGUUGUGUGGCGGCUGGCAUGGAUCACGGCAAGUCGCUGGGCGGAGAUCGCCGGGCUCACGACGGAAAAUCUGCUGGUGCAACCCGAGGGCGACAUCAUCCUGGAUUGGGGGGCGGUCCCCAAGGCCUCCAAAAGCGACCCUUACCGGUCCAGCCGGUAUGUGUGGAUCAAAGGACAGGAUGCCGCCGAUCUUUUCUUGUUGAAGACACGUCUGGGACCGAGGGAGCCGCUGACGACGAUGAGCACGAGUCAGGCUGCUCAGAAGUUGAAAUCGUUGGGAAAAGGCUAUACUGCGCACUCCAUCAAGGGAGGGGCGGUGAAGCACGCCAUGAGGUUGGUGUACGAGCACAACCUCGAUUGGAGAACGGGGGUACACCUUAUGAAGCACAAGGACCCGAGAGACCACCCGUCAGCGUCGCUGAGAUACAUGGGGGAGACGGUGGUACUCACGAACGAUGUGCACCGCCUGACGCAGUUGAUGUGA